CUCCGCAGCUGAGUUUGAGUUUAACCAAUGAGAAGUACGACGGGUAGUGGGAGAGCUUUGGUUUCUACCUAUAUCUAUAUGAUAACGCUGCGAUAAGGAUUUUUGUUUCGAUGAGAAAACUGUGCUGACUGAAAAAUAUUUAGUGGGCCAUCCACUUACCGGGAGGAGACAACUUGAGAUUAGGUUAGUGUUAAUCAGCUGAUCAACCGGUGGAACAGCCGCAGCAGACACGGCACUAUUCACGUAACAGAUUUUGUAUGAUUGUAAUUGAACAUUCACGAUGCGUCUGGUAAUCUGUGACUCGGUAGACUAUGUUUCGGAAUGGUCUGCAAAGUAUGUCUUAAAGAAAAUCAAAGACUUUAAUCCCAAUGAAAACAAAUAUUUUGUACUUGGCCUUCCUACAGGAGGUACACCUCUGGGAAUGUACAAGAAGCUCAUAGAAUUUCACAAGGCAGGAAAACUCUCCUUCAAAUAUGUCAAGACGUUCAACAUGGACGAGUACGUCGACUUACCGAGAGAUCAUCCGGAAUCCUAUCAUCAUUACAUGUACCACAACUUCUUCAAACAUAUAGAUAUCAAUCCGAAGAAUGUGCAUAUACUCGAUGGGAACGCGCCUGAUCUCGAGAAAGAGUGCGACGACUUUGAGAGGAAGAUUAAAGAGGCUGGUGGAGUAGAAUUAUUUAUCGGAGGGAUCGGUCCAGACGGACAUAUAGCUUUCAACGAGCCGGGCUCGUCGUUAGCUUCUCGUACCAGAGUGAAGACUCUCGCGCACGACACCUUGGAGGCUAACGCGAGAUUUUUUGGCAACGACAUCAACAAAGUGCCGAAACAGGCGUUAACUGUAGGCGUUGGCACCGUAAUGGAUGCUAAGGAAGUAAUGAUUCUUAUCACCGGUUCUCAUAAAGCAUUUGCGCUUUACAAAGCGAUAGAGGAGGGUAUCAAUCAUAUGUGGACGGUAUCUGCGUUUCAACAACAUCCACGUACAAUCAUAAUUUGCGAUGAGGACGCGACUUUGGAGUUACGUGUGAAAACGGUGAAAUAUUUCAAGGCCCUCAGUGAUGUACACCUCAAGUUGAUUGAGGAAGAUGGACCUGCAAUCCCCCGUCGUACAAUGCAAAACGAUUAAAAUGGUUUUAGCAGAUGUUCAUGAUAAAUUAAUCGAGAGAGAAGAAUGAAUUUUUAAUGGAAUAAGAAGGAUUUUUAUUAUGACGGAUUUAUACGAGAAGAAUUCCAAACAAUCAAGAGUAGUAUCAACAUGCAGGCGAUCGCGCUGUGAUUGAGAAAUUACAACAUAUAAUGCAACAUUUUUAUAUUCAUUAUUUUACUUCAUACUUUCCAUAUAAAAAAGAUUUCUAUUCUAUACGUCGUUUUGCAAACUGCCAUAUAAAUAUCAGGGAAAUAUAUUUUUGUAUUACUGUGUUUUCUCUACUCUUUCCAAAAUAAAUAUAUAUCCUCUUUGUCUA